AAAGGACGGCUUGAUUCCUCACAUCCUGCUCCCACUGCCCAAUCCCAUGGAGAUUCAAAAGCCACCCAGCAAGGAAGCCCGCCUGAACAUGAUCAUCAGCAAUAUCGAGAGGCAGCAGAACCAUGUCAAAUCACGCAUUAUUGAGACUGCCAAGCGCAAGCGCAAGCUUUCUGCAGUCGAACAUGGCGUGGAAGCAAUGGACGUCGAUGGGCCUCGAGGUCGUGCGCUCCCGUCUCAACAUCCUACAAUGGAGCAGAUGCUGGCUGCCAUGAACACACCAUACACAGAGUCUAUGGGAGAUCCUUAUCUGAGGCCAGAUGCCACGCUUCCUCCUCCACCACCCGGCACCCGGCAGGUAACGCCUCCACCCGAGAUCAAGCUCGCCAAAGAGACUCUCGAUCAAAUUGAGCUGUAUGAGAAGCAUGCUUCACGGACAAGAAAUUUCUUCAAGGCUGCUUUGCAGAGAGAACGACGACGUAACUCAACUGGAGGAUCUGCUGCUUCCGCCCCAUGGAAUGUGAGGAGGACGAGCAGUGCGAGCGCUUCCGCCGUUAGGGGAGCGACAAGUCCUAAUAGAGAUCCCCGAAGAGUCAACGCAUCGCCUAUCGACAUCUCCCGUGAUCCACGACUUCAGCGGCGAGAUAGCAGGCCGUGAUCGACAAACAACAUGGUUUGGAAUCGAAGAUCAAGUCUUGCGCAUGCC